AUUGAGUUGAAUUAUUGUUGAGAAUGCAUGUCAAAGCUUAACGAUUUAGCUAGUUUCAAUAUCAAGUUACAGUCUGGAGUCUUUCAAAGAUGAAGUAAGCUCAUAAAUUAAUGAACAAUGGUAUUUCAGAAUUUUGUAAUUUGAUGCUGAGCAGCUUUUUCCUUUCAAAGUUUUUAUUUAAAUGAUGUUAUUUCCAGUAAUUAAGAGUUAACCGGGCACUUCUGUCAUCAUCAUAACCAACCUCUCCGACAUCGAUGCCUGAAAAAAUACCAGUCAUAACGGAAAAAGCCCUUGAUAGCUUCGUUCUUCUUUCUGACGCUUUAAUUCAUGAAACCGUUCCAGAAAAAAUUGAACAAUUUUUAGAUGAAGAUUUUCCUAAGGAUAAAAUUGAAGAAUAUGCAAGAAACUUCCCAAGACCUUCAACAGUCCCCCAAUUUAGACAAGAAGUAUUGGCUUUGUUAAAUGCUGGCUCUGUUGCUUCAACUGAAGCUUUUCUUCAAUUAAGUAAUUUAUUAGAAUCUAAAUUCUUAUCACCCCCAGUAACAAAUUCAGUAACUUUAGUGAAAGAUAUGGAUAUACACCAACGUGAAAAACUAUUACAAAAUUGGAGAGACUCACCUUUUGCUUUCAAAAGAAAGCUCUUUAGGUUAUUUCACCUUGCAACGUUUGCGAUUUAUUCCAGAAUCGUAUAUGAUUUGCACAACCAAGCCAUGGGCUACCCAAUGAGGGAAAAGAGAGAAGAAUUAUAUGAAGGUCAGACAAAACCUGACUUCCAGUAUGAAAUGCAACUCCCACCAUCAGAAGAUGGUGCUGUCUUAAACAUUGAUGUAGAUGCCGUCAUUAUUGGUUCUGGAUGCGGCGCUGGUGUUGUUGCUCAUACUUUAGCCCAAGAUGGUCAUAGAUCUUUAGUUUUGGACAAAGGACCAUACUUCCAUCCUUCAGAAUUGAACUUCAAUGAUUAUGAAGGUAUGAGGAAUAUGUAUGAAUUAGCCGGUGGUUGUAUGUCGAAUACUCAAGAAAUGGUUUUUUUCGCAGCUUCUGCUUUUGGUGGUGGUUCCACAAUUAAUUGGUCUGCUUGUUUAAAACCAUCAGCGAAAGUUCGUAAAGAAUGGAAGGAGGAUUACGGAGUUGAUUGGGUCGAAGAAGAAGUGUUUGAUGAAUGUCUUGAUUAUGUUUGGAAGAAAAUGGGGGCAAGUUCAGAGGGUGUGGAACAUUCGUUUACCAAUCAAGUAAUUCUUGACGGAUCCAGAAAAUUAGGUUUUGACGUUGAAGAAGUUGCUCAAAAUAGUGGUGGCCACAAGAAUCAUAAUUGUGGAUUUUGUCAUUUAGGAUGUAAAUAUGGUAUUAAACAGGGUGGUGUUGCUUGCUGGUUCAGGGAUGCUGCCGAAAAUGGGUGUAAAUUUAUGGAUUUGGUUAAAGUUGAAAAAAUACUUCAUGAAAAUGGUAAAGCCAAUGGACUUUUAUGUAAGGAUGUCAGAACCGGUAAGAGUUUCACAAUCAGAGGUCCUAAAAAAUACAUAGUUUCUUCUGGUACAUUGAAUACUCCAAUUGUUUUACAAAAAUCCGGUUUCACAAACAAAAAUAUUGGAGACAAUUUCAAAUGUCAUCCAGUUCAAUGUAUGUUUGGUGAUUUUGGUAAAGAACAUAAAACUAAACCUUAUGCUAAUUCAAUUUUGACUACAGCUUGUAAUCAACUAGAUGAUCUUGAUGGGAAAGCCCACGGUCCAAAGAUUGAGGCUUGUUUACAAGCUCCUUAUUUACAAGCACCAUUUAUGACCUGGGAAUCAAGUGAUAAAAUGAGACAAGAUAUGUUGAAAUACAAUAAUAUUUCAGUCAUGAUUGUUAUUACCAGAGACUUGGGCCAUGGUCAAAUUUCUUAUGACAAGAAGAAACCGGAUGCCUUUUCAAUUGACUAUGAAGUUAGUGAAUAUGAUCGUAAAGUGUUAUUAGAAGGGGUAGUGACUGCUAGUGAUAUCAUGUACAUUGAAGGGGCCAAAGAAAUUUUCAACCCACAGUAUAAUGUUCCAAAUUUCAAAUCCGAUAAACCAAAAGAAUCAAGAUCAAUCGUUGACGAAGACUAUGUUGCAUGGAGGAAAAAAGUUGCAUCAACUCCACUUGAUCUUGCUUCUAACCAACUCGGGUCGGCUCACCAAAUGGCUUCUUGUAGACUUAGUGGUAAGGGUCCUGAAUAUGGAGCAGCUGAUCUUGAUGGUAGAUUAUAUGAAGCUGAAAAUGUAUUUGUUGCGGAUGCCAGUUCAUUACCCACAGCUACUGGUGUUAAUCCAAUGAUUUCAACCAUGGCCUUUGCAAGAAAGAUAUCAUUAGGAAUUUCAAAAGAAUUGACCAAGGAAAAGGCUUAAAUUAAAUGGUAAACUUUUUCAGUAAAACUUUCAAUAAUUUUUUUUUUUUCAUAAUUUU